AUGGAUGAAUAUAAAGAAAGCCAGCUCGAUGUCAUUAGUCUCAAUGAAACGGACUUAUGUUGUACUGAAAUGCCUGUAACAGAUGUAGAUUUUGAUAAUAUACAACAAAAGAUUCACUUAUUCAACGAAUCACAAAUUCUAAAUCAAAAAAUAGAACUUGCCCAUAACAUAUUGGCUUCAUUUCAGAAUUUCAACCUUGAAGAUAUAGCAUCUUUCGAUUUUUCCGGAUUUUUUGAAGCAAUCAAAGAUUUAAUUUAUGAAAACAAUGAAAGUAUCAUCCGUGAAAUUAAUUAUUUCGCUAAAGAUUGUAAUGUGCUUAAAGACGCACUCAUUCAUUUCAAGAUUUAUGAUUCAAUCUUAUUUUUCUUUGUUUCCAUGAAUACGGAAUGUAAAAGAAUUGCAAUUAAUGUCCUAUCGCAAAUGAACACUUUCGAUCAUUGCUUCUUAUGUUCUUUUUACGAAACAAUUUUGAAAUUGAAAAAAAUUGAUGAUUUAGAAUUGAUUUCAACAAUGUUGAUUCAUAUAUCAGAAACAACUGAUUGUGUUAAUGAUCUCCUCAAGAUAUUACAAUACUUUAUCGUUGAUCUUAAUUUUUAUCAAAAUUCUUUGCCUUCUUUUCUCAUUUUAAUGAAGAGAUCUAAGGUACAUUGUUACAAAGCAGCGAAUACAAGAAUCCUACAGUUCAUAACACAAAAUUUUGAAAAUAUCUCAAAUAAUUUUUUGGAAAUUUCAAUUGGAUGCAUUGAAUUAUCUUUACCAUACAGAAAAAUUCCUGAAAACUUCUUCUCAGCUCUGAAUUUUGAAAAAUUAAAAAAUAUUUUUCAAAAUUCUGGAAAAGAAGAGGAAAUACAUAAGAUUGCUCUAUUCCUUUCGCAUCUAUAUUCCAGUGAAGACUAUUUUGGAUUAAUUCAUAACACUGAAAUUGAAAAAGUUAUAUUUGAAAUUUUUUCAUUAUCUUGUUAUGAAAUCAAGAAAGAACUAGCAUCAAACAUUGCUAUUAGUAUGAGAUAUAUAACAUACAAUGAACUGAUGACUGAUUUUUUCCAAAAUAUCUUUGAUGAAGUAAUUUCAAUUGCAGAGAGUGGUGAGACAGAUGUUAUUGUUGCUAUUAUUGAUACUGUUAUUAGAAUAUCAGAUACAAAUCCUGAUUUCUUAAUUCAUAUUCAAAAAUUUUAUUCAAUUUUCGAAGACAUCUAUAUGUCAACAGAUGACAAGUACUUAACUGAUCUGCUGGAUGUAUUUCUGACGAAAAUUGAUAAAUUUGAAGAAUAUAUUUAA